AACCGGGGCGAGAAGGCGGAGGAGGCGCCGCAGCAGGCCGCGGAGGCGAUUCCCGAUGGCCCCGGAAUAACGGACGCCUCAGGAAAGCUUUCCCGAUACAAACACCCCGUCAGACUGUUUUGGCCAAAAUCAAAGUGUUAUGAUUACUUAUAUCAAGAAGCAGAAGCUCUUCUGAAAAAUUUUCCAAUUCAAGCCACAAUUUCAAUUUAUGAAGAUUCUGAUAGUGAAGAAGAAAUUGAGGAGCUGAUCUGUGAAAAUUAGUCUAAUUAUUUUGAUGACAUUCAAAGCUUGUAGGUACAAAUUAGAUUAGUGUACAAAUGUAUCAUAAUUCAUAUAAACUAAUUUAUUUGUAUAUAAAUUAUUAA